AUUGCAUCCCAUCAGCUGUUUUCCGCUGGGCGCGCAAACCAAGCGGCGUGCAUAAAUUGUUGUUUUUGUUUAUUGUAACUGAUUUAUGUAGUUAAUUAUUUUUGUUGCGAAAAUGUUGAACCUAAACUGCGUAAUAUGCGCCGAAUUGUUUUCGCAGGCCGACGAGGUGUUUGUCACCGUCUGCGGCCAUAUGUUCCACCACAGUUGUCUGAACCAAUGGCUCGAUCGCUCCAAAACAUGUCCCCAGUGCCGGAACAAGUGCUCUACCAGAAACAUAUUCAGGGUCUACUUCAACCUGGCCAAUUUGGAUGUGAGCCGAAUCGACGUCGGCUCCCUGCAGGAGCAGCUAGACAACGCCAAGCUGUCCAUGAAGAUGGUAGAGAAGGAGCGCCACAAGGACGAACAGCAGAUCCGUGACUUGAAAGACACGCAGAAAAAGUGCCUUAAAACCAUUGCAGGUCUUGAGCAGAAGGUGCAGAAGAAGGAGUUCCUUAUCAGCAGCUAUGCGGAGCAGAUCAGCAUCCUCAAGAGCGACGCCCAGGUGGUGGACGGUCUGCGCAAGGAAAACAAGUCCCUGAAGGCUCAAAUCCAUGCAAUGGAGGGGGUUUCGGCUAUUCUGGCAGCUGGCUCGGCGGAUGCCGACCGCUUGCUCAAGAACGAGUCCAACCCGCAUGUACUGGCCAACUGGGUCUCCACACUGAAGCGCGAACUGCGCCAGUGCGAGAGCAAAAAGUCUGAGCUUAGGAAUGUUGUCAAAGUUGUCCAGAAUGAUCUGCGCAAGGAGAUCGACCUCAAGAGAUGUCUUGAGGAGCGAGUCUCCCAACUGGAGAGUGAUCUUUACCGGGCCCAAGAGAAGCUUCAACUGCGGGAAAGCAACAUUAUUAGCUUGGAUUCUACCAUUAGCUCUCCCGGUCUAAAUUCCAACCUAAUGGCACUCAAAGUGGACGAGAGGCGGUCCACCAUCUCACCCACAAUCAAGGAGAAUAUCAAACGCAUUGAGGAGUCCACCUCGCCGUAUCUCAACAUAAAGUCCAGCAGCGUGGGCUUGCCCCAUCUGCUCAGUGCCAGAGCCAAGGCCAAAUUGUCGCCCAUCAAGCGAGCGGACGGCCUUAGUAUGAUGAGCGGAACUGUCCGAAAGACCACCAGUGAUCUCAGCGAAAAGUACUCAAUUUUCAAGAAGCCGCGCCUGAUGCUGGGCAGCUCGAGCGGCAAUGGACUGGCGGCCACCACCGGAUCUAACUUUGUCUUUAAUGGCAUGGGCGGCUCCGAGAAGGUAGAUCCAUUUGCGCAGCGCGCCGAGGAAGAGGGCUUGGCAGGCGUCCGGCCACCAGCAGUCAGAAGUGUCACCCAACGCCUCAAGGCUGGCACGCUGCGGAACUUUAACCAGGGUAAAUAAGUUCACACCGCCUUGCGAUGAUCAUUAAGAGACUGCCUCAUUUGGGGAUUAGGGUGCGGUUGCUAUUAAGGAUCGCCAAUCAAAUUCGUUAGCCAUUGCAUGGAUUUAGUAUUAAUAAGUUAGUAGAUUUAUAAAAAUAAAAAAUACAAGUUCAAGCCA